AGGCCUCCAAGUGAGUAGGAAGCAAAGUCUGCUCGCAAAAUUACUCUGCGCUCUCUCUCUCUCUCUCUCUCACUCAACGUAAAGGGAAAGAAAGAAAAGAGGAGAAAGAGAGAGAAAAAGAAAGAGUGAAUAAUCGCGCGAGUAAUUACGCGCCGUAUGUGACGCGCGUCUCAAGGUUGACACAUGUCGCCUGACUUGGCCGCAUAACAAGAGCGGAGGAGCAAGAAAAGCCGUUCGCAUUCGUUGGAAAGGAACAAAAUAAAGUGUAACGAAGUACUCGCGCGGCUGCACACUCUUGUUUGCGAUUUCAAACGGGGAGAUGCGCAAUAAUGGAUUUGUGUGUACUUUUCUCUCUCUCUCUCUCUGUCUCUGUCUCUGUCUCAGCUGCGCUAUACAUUACAUAUGUUUUCGCAAUAAGACAGAUGCUGCGUCUUUUCUAGAAUCUGGAAAAAAUUAUUUGUUUCAUAAAGUUCUGUUCAAACAUUGACAGGUAUUAUUAUCUUCUUCCUGUUAAAAUUCCAUCUAUUUUAAGAGCGCUGUAAAAUGCUAGAGAGAAAAAGAAAGAAGCGUUCGGCUUUUCGAAUGCGGAAUCGGACUCCACGAUGCGAACUCUUUGAUGGAGUCGGAAUUAAAAUUGAUCUCUCCUCGGUCGCUAUCCCUUUCUAUAUGCACGAUUCUACCUAUGUAUGUAUGUGUGUAUAUGCAAUCUGGACGAGGGGAAAAAAAAAAUCGGUCGGCCGGAAUUGGCAAUAAUCGACAUUGGUGUCCGGAGCGAGACGAAGCGGGAUCCGCUUUCCCCGUGCUCACGAUGACACUGCGAUUAAACCGUGAUGUAUAUACGAGAACGCGUUCCAAUAGCUCGUGAAUUUUUCGGAGGAGGCAGAAUACCUUAUAAUCUUGAGAUAUUGGAUACUUUCUGAUAAAGUUUCUAUUAAAAAGUACAGAAAUGGAAAGUUCCGAGGAACCGACCAGUCUGCAAUCGAUAUGCCAUCUGCAUGCCUCGGAACUGUUUCCCAAGCACACGCAUUUUGAGUGCGAGGAUGAGACGCUGACAAUUCCGUUCACGCCAUUGAGUGGGGAAUCGGUCGUGGCACUGGGACGAACAACGGACGGUGUUUUGGCACUUUCGAAUUAUAGACUUUAUUUGCAAUUAAGCCAAACAUGUUACAAUAUACCUCUAGGUCUUAUCGAACAAUUAGAAGUCAAAGAGAUUUUCUAUUUGCACAUUGGUUGCAAAGAUGCACGUUCUUUAAGUUGUGCAUUUACCACCAACGAACAUUGUUUAGAAUGGUUUAAACGAUUACACAAAGUGACCUAUCCACGAAAAAGUAUAGAGGAUAUAUUUGCGUUUGCUUACUAUGCAUGGUCCAUAGAAGAGGGCAAGGAUUAUCUUAGACUUGGAAAAGAUAAUAGUUCUUAUAUUACCACUUUUAAUUCAGAGGUCGAGCGAUUGAAGUUUAAUUUACAUGGUACAUGGCGUAUAAGUCAAAUAAAUAAGGAUUACCGGAUGUGUCCAUCCUAUCCACCGCAGCUCUUGGUUCCUGCUUGCAUUUCCGACGAAACUCUCGAGUUUGUUGCCAAAUUUAGAAGUUCCAGACGUAUUCCAGCUAUUGUGUGGAGGCAUGUGAACAAUGGUGCCGUAAUAGCUCGCAGCAGCCAACCAGAAGUUGGUUGGCUUGGCUGGAGAAGUUCUGAGGAUGAGGAUCUUCUAAAGGCUCUCGCAGAUGCGUGUAGCUACGAUAAGGGCGAAUCUACAAUGGUAGACUCGCCUAUUACAUAUUCCGAUGUUGGUGAUGAUACUGUAACACCAAACGCUGCCAAGAAAGUUUUAAUCGUCGAUGCGAGAUCGUACACAACAGCUGUAGCGAAUCGGGCGCGCGGCGGCGGCUGCGAAUGUCCAGAGUAUUAUCCGAGUUGUGACAUACAAUUUAUGAAUCUGCCGAAUAUCCAUUCGAUACGAAAAAGUUUCCACGCCGUGCGACAGCUUUGCGCGUCGGAUGCAGAUCAACCAAAUUGGUUAAGUUUGUUGGAAGGUACGCGAUGGCUGCAACACAUGUCGGGCUUACUGCGAGCGGCGGUCACUGUGGCUUCCGCGAUUGAAAGGGACGGUCGACCAGUAUUAGUGCACUGUAGCGACGGUUGGGAUCGAACGCCCCAAAUUGUCGCCUUAGCGCAGAUAUUACUUGAUCCAUACUAUCGCACUAUGGAGGGUUUCCAAGUUUUGGUUGAAAGAGAAUGGUUAGACUUUGGACACAAGUUCGCAGAUCGAUGCGGUCAAACGAUCGGUUGCGACGAUCCCAACGAGCGUUGUCCAGUAUUUUUACAGUGGCUCGAUUGCGUCCACCAGUUGAUUCUGCAGUUUCAAUGUAGCUUUCAAAUGUCGUCGGCAUAUCUUGUGAAAUUAGCUCAGCAUACAUACUCACAAUUAUUUGGUACAUUCCUGUGUAAUACCAGGCAGGAGAGGCUGCAAUUGAGAAUACGCGAACGUACGUUUUCCGUUUGGCGUUUUCUUAACUCGACUGCGUUCGUGAAUCAUUUAUAUUCGCCAUUAAAGAAUCAAGUAUUAUGGCCAAGUUGCAACGUGCGCGAUCUUGUCCUGUGGUCCGAAGUGUAUUUAGGUUCUAUGGAAUCGUCGCUCGGUAUGAGAGAUGAUAAGCAGAGAGUGACAAUGAUUGACAUCGAGGGUGGCGAGAGCGAGGAACCGCAAGGACAGAUGACGAAAACGAGGUCAUAUGGUGAUCUCAUGCACGCUCCUGAUCACGCGGCGUAUUUGCACAGAAGACGUAGCGAUCCGAGUAUUUCCAUGGAGAAAAAAUUUGAUUCUCUGGCACUUGAGACUGAAACGGAUCAGAAGAGCACGAGAAAUAUGGGUGAUAACAAAAAUGAAGCUGCAAACGAGAACUCAUUGGAGAGUGAAAUCAAGACAAAACGAUGUACUAUGAAUCAAACAUCCAACGAUUCACCCGCCAAUCCCUCGGUAGAUAGUUCCACCGACACUUUGAUACCUAAUGAUUCUGCCAUUGCAGUGAUCAAUGGAGAGAAGGAAGUAUCACAGACGAAUUUGUCGCGGGAUAUUGUAUCGCCGUGGAUCGAAACCGGCACUACUACAACCGGACGGGCUGUUUGCUCAUCGUGUAAUCGCAAUCACAACGAGGGUAGUGAUGUGAGUGAUACUAGCGCCCCAUUGAUAUCAAGAACUCCCAGUAGCAUAUGUCCGGCUUCUCCAACCCAUCAGGACAUUAUGCUAGAUAAUCCUGACUGGCUGGACGAUGUUGACGGUCUUCCUGUCAUAUGUUGUGACGUCCAAAUGCGAGUACAACAAAUUAUCGUAGAGCAUAAGCUUAAGGAAGAAGCUCUAAGGAAGGAAUUACACACAACGAGGUUGGCACUAAUCAAGCAAGUUUGCAAUCACAACGCCGAUACCGAUCGUAUCGACGACAUUGGUUCAUUACCGGAUUCCGUGGGCAGCACUGGUGAACACGGAGAGUCACUACCAUCGGAUAUGUCCUGGGAAGCUGUGGAGGAGCUGAGUCCUGCGCCCACCCUCUGGGUGCCCGAUCAUGCCGUGACUCGAUGUAUGGGUUGUAACACGGAGUUUUGGCUUGGUAGACGUAAGCAUCACUGCAGAUGCUGCGGUAAGAUUUUCUGCGCCGAUUGCUCCGAGAACUCCACCCCUCUGCCCAGCGAACAGCUCUAUAAUCCCGUGAGAGUGUGCAGUGACUGUUAUACACGGCUGCACCACCAUCAUCACACAAACUCCUGUCCGUGCAACGCCCGUCACCAGUGUGCUAAAGCGGAGAACGAGAUGGAUCCUUCUGAAGUGAUUCCUUCGCAAUCGGCAACAUGUCAGAGAUCGAGAAAGCUGCCGCCCGCUGUAACGAAGGACACUUGCUGCGAUAACCUGUUACAGGUGGCGCAUCAGAAAACUCAACCCUCCGUCGCAGCAGCUACAGCAAAUUGAGGAGACGGAUCUGAAAAGCCGAACGAGAGAGAAAAAGCCGAGGAAAGGCAAUCCGUUAGGGGAUGGCGCGAUUCCCCUCUCCAUCGAUUGCUGAUCAGCAUCACCUAACUCCGUGCGGCGCGCAUUGCAUCGCCGGAUUUAUACAUACUUUGUAUCGGAUAUAUACAUAGCAUGCGGACUAACGCAUCUAGAGUGUCCUAAGCGAUUUAAUAUAUUUAUUGCUAGAUUAAUAAUUUGUACACGAACAAGAAUGUAUAGCGGAUACGCAAAAAAAGAAAAAAACGGCAGAGUGAGAGAGAAAGAGAAAGAAAAAGAGAUAGUAUACAAGUUGUAUAUACCCUAGGAGUAAUCUCGAGCUAAAAUUCCUGGCUUUUUCUGAGAGAUACUCCUUUGAGAGAUUUAGGGAUAUUCUUCAAGAGUUUACCCGUUUCUCUAAAUAUCUCCGCGCUUAGCAUGAUGGGAGGAUGGUGAGUGGCAAAUUUUUGGAUAGGCUGUGAUCGACAUCUAACUUUGUUAGACGACUAUACUAUGGAGCGAAGUGCUAAUUAAUUGUCAAUUUGAUUACGAGAGCGAUCGUUUGUUAAUUAGCGAUCGAGAUUAGUGGUCGAGCGAAACGAAUGAAUUCGUAUUUCUUAUAUCGCUGCCGUAUGUAUGAGAAUUGGGAUAUUAAAUGUCAUUAUCGCACGCGUCUGAUAUCGAUCGGAAGCAU